UUCCUAAGUUGGAGGAAUAUCUCAUUCAAAGCUAACCAGAAACCAAAUUUUUCCAAAGUGCACAGAGCAACAAGCAACAAACAAGAGGUAAUGAAGCCAGAAAGAAGGAAAUGUUUUCAUUGUUAAAAAGAAACAAUAACAUCACCACCACCACCACCAUCGCUACCACCCCCACUACCAACACCAAUAACAACAAAGAGGCCCGAGUAUUUACCAGUCAGAAGAAGGAAAGACGCAGCAUGUGAAGUCUGGCUUUAUACAGCUUAACAUUGAUAUUGAGAAUAAAUUGCUCAGCCUAUCCGGGUUUUACUCAUCUUAGGAUAUUUAUCACACAGGAGCACAGUACAUUGGAGAGAUCUCACUUUAUUCAUUUUACAAAAAGAGAAACAAAGAGAGAUAGGAAUCCAUCCCCUCAGCAGAAACCAACAACAUAACAUUUAACAUUUUCAUGCAAUGUCUGGAUGAUUGCGCAUUCAAUUUUGAAUGCUGAGCCGUGGUUCGGUCUGAAUGGCAUUGUCCAGUGAUCAAAUCUUGUGGAAGUUUUAAAGCCAUGUGCCUACCAUGUGGUGGCCGGUUCUAGUCACCAGUUAUUUACACGCGUGGUUCUUAUUGGAAAGCGUGGUGUGGACAUAUGGUGCCGUGGAUGUUUCCACCGCAGCUGGACACACCAGCAAUGGCGUUACGUUGUCUCGAAAAACCAGAAGGACAGGAAACAUUUAUAGUUCAAAGGAAUCCAGGAGUAAAAGAAAUACCGAACUGUCGUCACACAUUAUCGACUACAAAAAAGAGGCAUUGAUAUGUCCUCCCGGUUGUGCCAGUUGCUCCACCCACAAUGGAUGUCUAGCGUGCAAACAGCGUUAUUUUCUCCUGUUACUUCGCUAUGGAAUGCGCCAAACCGGAGUGUGCCGCCUCACCUGUCCCACCGGCUUCUACGGCGUGCGACGUCAACACUUCAGCGUCUGUCUCAAAUGCAAUGCUGAUAAAUGCGAGGCAUGCUUCAGCAAGAACUACUGCACUCGUUGCGAAUCUCCUUAUGUCGCCUAUAAAGGCAAAUGCAUAAACGGAUGCCCCAAUGGCUACUAUUACGCUAACUACUCCAAAGAAUGCCACGAGAGAGUGAACUGCAUGGUCGGUUCAUGGACCAGCUGGAACUCUUGUUCCAGAAAUGGUCAGACUUGUGGCUACAAAUACGGCAUCGAGGCCCGCUCUCGUCAUGUGUUGCAGUUGCCCUCACCCAACGGAGAACGAUGUCCAACCCUGAGCGAGAACCAAAAAUGCAAGAUGGUGAUGCGAUCAUGCGCAGAUCUUGCAACGAACAGGUCGGACCCUGCCAGAAGGAUGAAAUCAGGGAUCCGUCGAUGGAAACGACGCCGGAAACACAAGAAAAGGGGCAAGAAAAAACGUCAGCACCGACGGGGUAAAAAGCGACGUGGGAAGAAGAAGAGACGAAGGAAUAAAAAGAGACGAAGGAAACAGAAAACGACCAAGUUGAUCCCUAAACGGUCAAAGUUGAAACUGACCCCGAAGAGGGUGAAGUCUAAGAAAUCGAAUCCUAAAAAUUCUAUCAGUAUUGAAACAAACGAAAUUAGCAGUAAAUUGCCGAGGUCAAAAGGUUAAAUGAAAUGGCCUGGAAGAUUUGAGAAUUAGAGAGAGAGGGGAGGUAGAGAGAGAGAAAGAGAGUAAGAGUGAAUGAGUGAGAGAGAGAGAGAGAGAGAGAGAGAGAAGAUAGAAUGAGGAGAAAGAAUUGGUCAUA